AAGCCUGUGCCAAACCCCUAGCACACACACACACACGCACACACACAGAGCUACUGUACACACACAGCGCAGCUGAACAGCACACAGGUCCCGGCUCCUGCAGACAUGGCUUCCUUUCUGUCCGGCUUAAUGGGAGGCAAGGCUGACGAGCUUGUCGACAAGGGAGUCGACGCAGCAGCAACUCUAGCCAAGCAGAAGGUAAAGAGUCUCAUUGGAGGAGAGUCAAACCCAGAGGACGGCAACGCAGGAGGUGGAGGUGGAGGCAUGGCUGGCAUCUUGUCCCCAGGGUCCAAAGAUGGAGGAGGAGGAGAUGGAGGAAUAGGAGGUCUUUUCUCAUCGGGGGGCAAAGCAGCAGAGAAUGAGAGUAGCGGAGAAGGAGCAGGAGGAGAUUCAGGAGAUUUCACGGACGCACUGGCGGGCGUGGCGAACGAAAUGUCCGGGAACGACGACCCCAUGAACCAACUGAAGUCCAUAGGGAAGGGCUUGUUCGGCUGAACCCUCCCCGAAACAUCCUGCCCUGCCCCGACCUGCCCCGACCUGCCCCACCCUGCCCCGCCCAGCCCGAGAGCCGCACCUGUCUUGGGGGAUUCCUCACUGCCCUGGCUCUGAGUGGAGGGGGACGACUAUUUGGGGGAGAGCCUGGGCAGGUGCCCUCCACAACCACUCCAUCCAUCUGGCCCACAAUCCUGUGCAACUGUGAUCUGAAAUCUAUGUAUAUUCAAAGUUGUAUUUGCCUAGGAGGCAACAGAAAAUAAAUGUAUAUUGGAAUUUAAA